UGCCCCUCCCCCCUCCUCCGCAGCUCCGCCGCCUUCCCCCAGCUGCUGCGAGCGGACAGUACAUUCCUCACACUUCGGCCGUCUACAGCUCAGGAACGGGACACUGAAACGAAACCAGUCGAAGACUCGACUGAUUCAUACCUCCCAUGACACUUCCCAAGGGCACGUAAGGCCAAUGUUGGGUCGAGGUGUGAAGCGGAAGUGGAGCUGCUUGGAGGAGCUGGAGGCUGAGGUGGUCGCGGAAGCCACUAUUACGGAGGAAAAGGAGCAGAGUGGAAAGGAUGGCCAGGAAGACGAGGCCGGGCUUCUCAUUGACCCGUCCAAAUCGGUCAUGAGCCACCUGCAGCAGCGUCAGCGGGUGCUCGGCCUCUGCUUGGAGAAGCUCCAGCGUUAUCAGGCGGGGAUGGAGCUCAGCCUGCGCCGCUCCGUGCUGCUCAUCAAUACUCUCAGGCAGAUUCAGGAGGAAAUAUGGAGUGACGGCGUGGGAACCUGCACCUCAGAUUCACGUCUCAGCAUCAGCGGCGUUCAUGCAGAUGACUCCUGUCUACUCAGGGACGAUUUCAGAGAGGACGUGCCUGUUACGUGCCCUGGGUGUGCCGAAGGAGAUGGGGAAAGCCUGUCUCUGUCUCCCCCACUGUCUCCCGAAUUCCCCUCUCAGGAGGCAAUUGACUUCCCCGACCAGCAGAAAUCUCUGCCCGCUGCAGCCAUCAGUACUUUCAGCGAUGCAGUAAAUGCCAUGGGCUACCUCAGCGACCUCGCCCUGGAUGAUAUCUUUGAGGACAUUGACACAUCGAUGUAUGAGACUUCAGAUCUGCCGUCGGCCUGGGCGACAGGGUCUCUGUGGCCAGUCAGCGUGUCGCUAUGGCCGGACGAGGACGUGAAAUUACGUUCUUCCAGCCAUUCCUCAACGGGGAGCCUCCAGUCUUGUCUCGUGGACCUGAAUGACCUGGACCACAUCAUGGAGAUCCUGGACUGCAGAAAGGUGUUACGUAAAGCACUCAGAAGCCACGGCUGUCAUGGUUUCUUCCCUUUACUUGGCCUUUUUCUGUGCUCGCUGAACACUACAGGCAUAUGAGCUUAAUGUAUCCUGACGGGCUGACAGUGAACUAGCUGAGGGAGGAGGUGGCAGCCAGAGCCAGAAGGGGGGAAAAUAAGAGGAGGAGGAGGAUGAGGACGUGGAGGAGGGUGGGAGGAAGCAGGUUGCGUCACAUGUUCAGUAGGAGGGGUUUGGAGCUUGUUUUGCCCAGACUAAGACUACAGACCAAUCACAUGAGAUGUACGAGCAGCGCACUGCUGCUCCAACAACAACUUGUUUUUGCUCCUGAUGCCUCUGCACAGACACUGUGUGAAUUGG